AUGGACAAACGGACGAACCGACGAACGGACCAACGGCCCCGGCGCUUCGGCAGCAGCAGCGGCGGCAGCAGCAGCGGCUCUAGCGACGCGCUCUCGGGGCUCGGCGUCGCCGCCGCUUGGCUCCGCCCGGCUCGAGCCCGGCGCCUGCCGGGGCCGGCGGGGGCCGCGGCCGCUGCCGCCUCCUCGGCGGCUUCCCCGACCAGAGCUCCGCCGCUCGCCAGCCCGGCCGCCGGCAGCGAGCCGCCGCUGCCCGCUGCGGGUGGGGAAGCCCGGCCCGGGCCGCUCGAGGGGCGCUCGGGGGCCGUGCCGGGCCCCGGCCCGAACGCUGACGGCCACGUCUCGCCCGCACGGAAGGCGAAGGGGCCCCUGCAGAAGCGCUACCGGCUGGGUUCGCUGCUGGGCAGCGGCGGCUUCGGCCGCGUCUACGCGGGGACCCGCCUGGCGGACGGAGCCCCGGUGGCCAUCAAAGCCGUGCCCCGGGAUCUCAUCCGGCGCUGGGGCGAGCUGCCCGACGGCACCCUGGCACCCCUGGAGAUCGUGCUGCUGGACAAGGUGUCCAGUGGGUUUCGUGGUGUCAUCCAGCUCCUGGAGUGGUUCGAGCUCCCCAACAGUUUCUUGUUGGUGAUGGAGCGUCCGGAGCGCUCUCGGGACCUCUCUCGCGUAAUCACGGCGUGGAGGUUCCUGCCGGAGGAGAUGGCGUGGGGGCUGUUCCGCCAGGUGCUGAAGGCCGUGCGGCACUGCACCAGCUGCGGCGUCCUGCACCGGGACAUCAAGCCCCAGAACAUCCUCCUCGACCUGGCCACCGGUGAAGCGAAGCUCCUUGACUUUGGAUGUGCCACCUUCCUUCAGGACACCGUCUACACCCAGUUUGCAGGAACACCGUCAUACAGCCCGCCAGAGUGGAUCUGCUUCAAACGCUACCGCGGCGAGGCGGCCACGAUCUGGUCCCUGGGCAUCCUGCUCUACCAGAUGGUCUGCGGGAAGCACCCGUUCUGCAGAGGCACCAACACCAUCUGGGACCAGCUCCCGUUCCCACCACGGGUCUCUCGAGGGUGCCAGCACCUUAUCAGGUGGUGUUUGUCCAUCCGCCCCUCGGACAGGCCAUCAUUGGAAGACCUGUUGUGCCAUCCUUGGGUGCAGGGCAUUCACCUGCUCUAGAAGACAGGAGAGAUCCACGUGCUCACUUUGAUCCAGGGGCCUGACAGCUGGGCCCUCGGCAGAACACUGACAGCCUGGUCUGGCCCCCAGGGAAGGAGAAGGGGCCUCUGGAGAAGCUGUGCCGGGUGGGGCUGCUGCUGGAGACAUCGAGGACGACGUCAGGGAUGACAAGCUCUUUGUUGUUGACCUGGACACCGGCGAGCUGAAGAUGAUGGACUCUGAUUCUGGCCCCUUCCUCCAAGCCGUGCUCCACACGCCGUUUGCAGAUGAGUCCACACCCAGGGGGUGCUCCCGGGCAUUGCUCAGCCUGGCUGGGCACCGAAGGUUCCCCCUUUGCUGGCGGGGAACCCGAGGAAUUCUUCAGCCGGCUGCCAAGCUGCUUCUUGGCAGGAGGGUGGGCGGGUGCUCUGGGCUGGGUGUGAAAUGGGAGCCCGGCUCUGCCCCCAGCCUCUGCCACUGCCCCUUUGCUGGG